AUGAAUUAAUAGUAAAAUAUGAAAUAUGAAUUCGAAGACUUGAAAAAUAUUGUAAAAGAAGGUUGGAUGGAUAAAUAAUCAAGAUUUUUAAAGAAAUGGCACAAGUAAUGUUUAAAAUGAAAUUUAUUAGACGAUGGGUUGUAUUAACCAAUUUCAGUGUUUAUACUUUUAAGAAGUAAGAGUAAUACAUUAAUCCAACAGAAGUGAUUGAUUUACAUUAAAUAGUAUCAAUAAAAUAACCAGAAGAACAUGAAUUACAGAAUAUGAAUUCUAUUGUAAAAAUCACAAAAAAUAGUAGAGAAUCUAAACUCAUGACUCCAUUUUUUAUUUAGUUGUCCAAAAUGAGUAAUAAUAAUAAUAAUGGAUCAGUUUAAUUAGCAGUCAAAUGUUAAAAAUACAGAAUUAAAUAAAAGUGUAAUAAUGA